UUCAAUGUUUAGUCUCAUUUGAAUUUUCAAGGGGAGUGUAAUUGUAGUUUCACAGAAAUAGCCUUUUAUAAUAGUUGAAUGUUGCAACCUAUUCUUCAAAAUAUCCUGAUUAUUUUCGUUCACUUAGAUUCAGCAUUGAACAGAGCUUUUCAGUUGAAAGAAUGCCCUUAUUAUAUCCCGGUAAACAUAAUUAGUUGUUAGUUUCAGAGAUAUUGAAUUUCAAUCAACUUUCACGACAUGACACGAGUUGUGUCUAGGUAUAAUGCAUACAGAAUGUCUUUUGAUCACUCACAUAUGAAAAAAAAUACAAAAUGAUGUUAAAAUUGAUUGAUACGGAUUGAAUAUUUUUACUUUUUAUUAUCAAUCAGAACUACCCGUAUGAUAUUACUUGCUACAAAUUUAAUAUAUUCUAGAUGUUUACCACACCGUUGCGUUUAGUUCAAUUCUAGGUUAGGUUUUUGUUUGUUGAUUGUGGUUUGCGGUUUACGUAUUCGGUCUUUGGUGACUGCUUCCUAGUUUUAUACAAAAAUAAUAUUAUCUCUCAUACUUUCUAUAAUAUUUAGGAUUGUGAACAAUGAAGGAUGUUAUUGACGUUCUGCAGCUUCAAGCACAAAAGGAAAAAUCAAAGAGAGAGUUGGCUACCAACUACAAGGAAGUAGACAGCAGUUUCUAUGGUGUACAAUUUAUAUUUGAGUGCGGUACAAAACUGAAUUCACAUCCGCUAACUAUUGCUACGGCCGCGACUCUAUUUCACAAGUUUUUCAAGGAAGCUGAUAAAUCAUCCUACGAUCAAUAUCUUAUAGCGACGACAUGCCUGUACCUGGCGUCAAAGAUGAAGGACGAGGUGUUGAAGGUUCGCGACGUGAUGAAUGUGUCGCACAACACUCUGAGCCGAGGCUCGGCGCCACCCCUCGACCUCAACGACGAGUACUGGGCCAUGAGAGACGCCAUCGUGCAGGCCGAACUGCUCAUUAUGCGCAUGCUCAAGUUCCAGGUGCAAACUGUUCAUCCACACAAGUUCAUGUUGCACUAUUUGAAAAGUUUACAAGGCUGGUUGAAGCCGGAAGAUUGGAAACGAGUGCCAUUAGUGCAAGCUUCCUAUGCUUUUCUACAGGAUUUCCACUAUGACCCUAGCAUUGUGGAUGUGAAACCGGAGCAUAUUGCCGUAGCUGCUAUAAAUUUGGCUCUCCAGUGCUACGGUGUUCACGUUCCUCACACUGCUGAGGAAGAAGGCAACGUUUGGUAUUCUGUAUUUGUUGACGAUCUCAGCAAAGAUAUGCUGUGGGAUCUGAUGGAGAAAAUUAUGGAUGUUUACGAUUCCGAACCACAGAAGCAUUAACAUUCCACAGCCAAAGAUUUUUUAUAAAGCGGAUCGGAUUGAAUGACUUGGUAUUAUGAAUGAUUUCAUAUGAAUUACCAUUACAUGUGAAUGAAGAAAGAAUGUAGUUGAGUAUGUUGUAAGUAUUUGUGUGUGAUAAAGUUUCAAGUAUAAUUAUCCGACUUUUACCUUUUUACUUUUUUACCUUUCUUUUUGGUAGUUGAUUGUUUUUAGAUAUAAACUAAGGUGACUUAUAAAAGCCAAAUUUGAUAUUUAGAUGAGAAACAAUUUGAAAAUGGAUAUAAAUAUUAUAAUGAAUAACACAAGAGAAUUGCGUGAGAGACUUGAGAAGAGUCAAUCUCCUUAAACAUAUUGGGGAAUCAAAUUUACUGAAUACACUUUUUACUUCACCCUUCAAGCUGCGUUCCCACGAGAAGUGAAUACGAAUGCGAGACAUGCUUGUGAACACACUUUCGUGAGCCAUGCUUGUAAUGAGGUUGAGAUUUGCUAACACAGAAGGCGUGGACUGUACACACGAUCCACACUCAUAGUCUAUUUUUUGGUUCAGUUACCUCAGGAAGCCAACGAUGAUUGAUAGAUGUGCAGUUUCUAGUUCAAGGGUCAAAUGAGCAGAGUGACGUGAUCCAGUCACAUGCACCGAUUAGAAAACAAAAGAGAAUGUUUUUUGAGUAAAACAGUGGAUACUUGAAAAAGAUGCAGAGAAACAUAGAUUGAUUGAAGGGAACUAAAAGAUUCGGUCACCCAAAGGAUAUAAGAAAUAUGCUGAGAAUGUCUGAAGAUCAGUUUGAUUACCUUUCAAAACAUGUACCACAAAACAUUUCCAGAUUGGAUACCAAUAUGAGACAAGCUAUUAGUGCAAAUUCAAAGCUAGUAGAUACUUCACGACUGAAAUUGAACCAGUCUAAUCCGAAAAGUGGCCUUGAACUAUCCCCACGCCUGGUGGCGUCAGAUGCAAGCUCACUACGUGUUGCUCACGCCCUUCAUCUUAUGUCUUGUGGAAACGCAGCUUUACAUCUCAUAGUUGGGGGAAUUUGGAUAUCAUUUCAAUAGCAAUUAAAGGAUAGGUAGAAAAAAUUGAUCAAUAACAUCAAAAUACAGUGACUAGAAUUUUUAUUUUGAUAAUGUAAAAAGCGCUGGAGAAUAAAUAAUAAAAUAGAAACUUCAACUUUUCUUGUCAUUGACAUAACAGUAACAAUUACUUUUUUGUUAGGGCUACUAUUAAUAAUUAUCAAGAAAUAAAAAAAUCCAAGUACCUACCUUUAUUUAAUUUUUUUACUCAACAUGUUUCAACAGUAAUGUCAUUAUCAAGUGAGUUAAAGCUAGUAGUUACUUCACGACU